UUUCGCGGAAAUCGGCCGUCUGGCCGUCGAAAUUAUAAUGGCCACGUCUAUGGGUUAUUGUAGUGUUUAGGUAAAGCGCGUGGGCGAUUCCACUGGAGUGUCAACCAUGUGGGCAUGUGGCGGCCUAUAAAUAUAAUGCUGCUGACUAAUGGAACACUUCAGUCUCGCUUGUUGAAUAAUUCACACUCUCUGUUUUGGACUUUUGGUGCUCAUAUAAAAUGGAAACAAUGGCACUCCGGAUCUGUCUGACAUAGUUUACUUGAUGAGAUUUAUUUAACUUUUAGCGUUUGCUUCAGAAUCCGGUACUGCACAUAAUGUGAUGUGCCUCCUUGUGUAAGGCUUACUCUGUUAGUGUAUCUGAUCCCUAGCACUUUUUUUACAGAGAUUCCCUAUACGUUGUUUAGAAAUAUAUGGAUAUACUAUUUAUUUUUGUGGGAACAAGAUUUUUUUUUUGGUGACUAGUUGGAGCCAGAUUUAUGUGUGUGAGAAAGUGAACCAAAAACAGACACUUGUUUUUUUGUUUUUGUGGGAGCUAGUUGCAUUCAAAGAUAUGGCUUCAAUGUGACCACCUUCUUUUCUUGUGGAAGUUUGAUAGUCAUAGAGGAUCAACGACAGUUCACAUGAGAUUAGCACACAACAAGGCAUUGGUCAAAUGGUACUCAGAGAAAUGUUUUCAUGGCCUCUAAGCAUCAUUUUUUUUUCAUUCUUUUGUGUAAGCUGCAGAGAUUGGAGGUUGAUGCUAUCUAUUUUUCUUCUUACAAUUCAUCUUUGGCAGAACAAUCCUAACUGCAGCGAUCAAACUUAUUGCAGUAAGAAAAAAAAAUAGGGCAUAGCCUACAUACUUUGGAGAGUGUUACUAUCAAUUUUUCUCUUCUAAUUUAGCAGCUGCUUCUAGGGUUCCAGCAAAGCACGAAGCUAACAAUGAUGGAGAUACCUAGCAUUUUCACUCCUGAAGAUUGGUCCUUCGCUUUUUAUGAGGGCCUUAAUCAGCAUCAAGAUUCCACUUCCAGGGAUAAGACGUAUGGAGAGCUGGGGUGUGGCAAUGGUUGGAUAUCUAUUGCGCUUGCAGAGAAGUUGUCCCCUUUGAAGGUCUAUGGUCUGGAUAUUAACCCAAGGGCCAUCAAGAUUGCAUGGAUAAAUCUAUACUUGAAUGCCAUAGACGACAAUGGUCUCCCGGUCUAUGACAGGGAGGGAAAAACAUUGCUGGAUAGAGUUGAAUUCCAUGAAUCUGAUCUUCUUUCAUACUGUAUAGAUAACAAGAUAGAACUUGAUUGCAUUGUUGGCUGCAUACCACAGAUUCUUAACCCCAAUCCAGAGGCAAUGUCAAAGAUUAUGACUGAAAAUUCAAGUGAGAAGUUCUUGUACUCCUUGAGAAACUACUGUGCUCUUCAGGGUUUUUUUGAGGACCAGUUUGGCCUCGGGUUGAUUGCUCGGGCAGUUGAAGAAGGGAUAGCUGUCAUAAAGCCUAUGGGUAUCAUGAUAUUCAACAUAGGAGGCCGACCAGGUCAAGGUGUCUGUGAACGCCUAUUUCUACGCCGUGGAUUCCAUAUCAGUAAGCUCUGGCAAACAAAAAUUAUGCAGGCUGCCGACACUGAUAUUUCAGCUUUAGUUGAAAUUGAACAAAACAGCCCACAUCAAUUUGAAUUUUUUAUGGACCUUGUCGGGGAUCAGUCUGUCUCUGCACGCACAGCCCAGGCAUACAUGAAAUCUGGUGGCUGUGUUUCACAUGCUUUGUCUGUGUAUGGCUGCCAACUUCACAAACCCAUUCAGGUGAAGAAAUUGUUUGAGAUUCUUAAAGAUGGGUUCAAUGAAAUCAGCAGCUCCCUUGAUUUGUCCUUUGAUAAUGAUUUGGUUGCUGCUGAAAAAAUGGCCUUCCUAGUAUACCUUGCUAGUUUUUUGAAAGAGAAUAAGUCCAAUCCUUGUGAGCCUCCAUUUGGAUGUUUAAACUUCCGGAAUCUUGUUGCUGACUUUAUGAAGAGCUACUACAACAUCCCAUUAACUUCUGAUAAUGUUGCUGUAUUCCCUUCUCGUGCUGUUGCCAUAGAAAUUUCUCUUCGACUGUUCUCACCGGCGCUUGCAAUUGUGGAUGAACAUCUGACCAGACACUUGCCGAAACAAUGGUUAACAUCCUCAGCAAUUGAGGGAAGAGCAGAUUGUAACCAUGCUAAAGACACAGUCAUUGCAAUUGCAGCACCACACCAAUCAGAUCUGCUGAUUGAGUUGAUCAGGAAACUGAAGCCUCAGGUGGUUGUUACUGGCCUGGCUAAGUUUGAGGCUAUCACGAGUGCUGCUCUAGUGAAUAUACUAAGUGCAACAAGAGAUGUUGGUUCCCGGCUAUUCGUAGAUAUUUCAGAGCAUCUGGAGUUGUCUAGCCCGCCAAACUCUAAUGGUGUGUUGAAGUAUUUUGCUGAGAACACCCUACCGUCGCAUGCAGUUAUACUCUGUGGUCUAGUAAAGGAUCAGGUUUAUUCUGAUCUGGAAGUUGGUUUUGCCAUAUCUGAGGAUGAAACUGUCUAUAAGGCAUUGUCACAAACUAUUGAGCUAUUGGAAGGACAUACUUCUGUGAUCAGCCAGCAAUAUUAUAGCUGUCUUUUUCGCGAGCUACUGGCGCUCCAAAUUGACAACCGGCAUGCACAGCGAGAGAGACAACCUGCAGAAGUGAUACCUCAGAAGAUGAUAGGAUUUUCUAAUUCAGCUAUGUCAACCCUAAAAGAAGCUGAAUUUUUCGUUCCUGAAUCCAAGGAAUCUAGUAUCAUUCAUAUGGAUCUAGACCGCAGCUUCUUGCCAGUACCUUCUGUGGUGAACACUUCCAUUUUUGAAAGUUUUGUUAGGCAGAACAUCACGGAUUCUGAAACUGAUGUUCAUUUCGGCAUUAAAAAGCUGGUGAAAUGUUGCUAUGGUGGUUUCCCAGGAGACCGUUAUGCUGACAGGUUAGAUGGCUUUGGUAUGGAAAUUAUCUAUGGAAGCACCUGUGUUGCACUCUUCAACAAGCUUGUUCUUUGCUGCGUGCAAGAACAAGGUACCUUCUUUUUCCCUUUGGGCACCAAUGGGCACUAUGUCUCAGCAGCAAAGUUUAUGAACGCAAACAUCUCGACCAUUCCAACAAAUUCAGAUUCAGGAUUCAAGAUUGAACCAAUGGCUCUAAACGAAGCUCUAAUUGAGGAAGAAAAUUGGGCCUGGGUCUAUAUUUCUGGCCCUACAAUUAACCCUUCUGGUUUCCUGUACAGUGACAAGGAGAUACGAGAUCUGCUUUCUAUUUGUGCUAUGCAUGGAGCUAGGGUAGUGAUAGAUACCUCCUUCUCUGGUCUGGAGUUCCAAACCGACCGCUGGGCUUGGAGAAAUUUGGAAAGAUUUUCUUAUAAUGUUUGCUUAGAUCCCCCAUUCACAGCUUUUAUGCUCGGAGAGCUGUCCCUUGGGCUGACUGCGAUUGGCCUUGAUUUUGGGUUUUUAAGUUUCAAUGACCUGUCCGUCGUUGAACAUAAUCUUGCAAACUUGAGUCAGCCACAUAGCACAUUGAAGUACACUUUCAGAAAGCUAUUGGGUCUUAAGAACAAGAGGGAUCAACACUUCUCUAAUCUCAUCAUGGAGCAAAAGGAGACACUGAAAAAUCGUGCCAACCACUUAGCAAAGGUUAGCCUUUUGUAACAUUCUGAACUGCCCUCUUAAAUUUGUACUCCCUAUCCUAUUAUAUGACCGCCAUCCAAACCGGUUGAAGAUAUCCCGAGCUACCAUCUCCCAAC